AUGGGUUCAUCUCCAUCCAGAAGCGACCACAGACACCCUCGAAAUAACGAGCCUCAAUAUGCCCACGAGACUCCUCACGAAUGUGAUAUCUACAAUUACCACAACUAUUUCGUUGUACGCUUUCAAGGCACUCCGUUCGGAGAAGAGCCCAACAGAAAGCCUUUCUUCUCCAAGAAAUACCUAGAGGAGGGCGACAUGAUCCAUUUUACACACUUGCGGUAUCGAAAAGUCCAAAUCUCGAACUCUGAUAAGGUUUAUAUCGAACUCCCGAAGACAUUUAUCGAGUUUGUUAAAGAAGCAACCUCGGAGAAGAGAUUCCAAGAUCCAAAUAGACCAUAUUUGGAAUGGAAAUGGGAAUCUGGAUUGAAAUACAUGGACAAAAUUCCAAGAACCCAUUAUUGUGCAUCCCCAGACUCUAAGUAUGUCGAAGUCCCACAAUGGGAUUUUCUCGUCGAUCUGCAGCUUGAAGAGGCUGGCGAAUUUAAUGGUUUUGUUACAUUUAUGACUUUUCUCAACAAAUCGAUAAAGGAGGGGAUUCCAAAAUGUAAUUACGGUACGUUACAUAUCGGGAACAUGUGUAGUAUUGAAUCUACCAAGAAAGGGACCCAGAUUACCUGGCCCUCUGAAGAGCUAUGCCUUGAGCUAGAUAAGAUAAUUAUUCCCGACUUAGGCGAAACAGCUUAUCUCCCCCCCUAA